CGACAACUCUUCAUCUCUCCACUCCAUCUCGAAUCAACUACACGUCGUGCAUAUCGAUCCAACAUGCCUGCCAAGCACGAUAUCAACAAAGUAGGCUCGGAGAGCUCAGACUUCCCCAUCCUUUGCGAGACCUGCUUGGGACCAAACCCAUAUGUCCGGAUGACAAAGCGAGAGUUCGGCCAGGAGUGCAAGAUCUGCAACCGCCCCUUCACCGUCUUCAGGUGGAACCCAGGAGAGGGUGGCCGCUUCAAGAAGACUGAGAUCUGCACGACUUGCGCCAAGAUCAAGGGCGUGUGCCAGACCUGCUUGCUCGACCUGGAGUACGGCCUGCCAGUGCAGGUGCGCGACGCGGCUCUAGGACGCAAGAACCAGGCGCCAUCAAGUGAUAUCAACAAGCAGUACUACAUUCAGAAUCUAGAAGCACAAAUGGAGGAAUCAGGCGACGGGCAGGCAUACGACUCGCAGGUGGCCAACGCUGCGGGCCGCGAGAUGCUCAAGAACCUUGCCCGAACGGACCCCCACUACAAGCGUAAUCGCCCUCACAUCUGCUCCUUCUUCCUCAAGGGAGACUGUAAGCGUGGCGCCGAGUGCCCCUUCCGCCACGAGACACCAAAGGAAGGCGAGACGUCCAAGCAGAACAUCUCGGACAGGUACUACGGAACCAACGACCCUGUGGCCAAGAACAUUCUCAAGAAGGUCGCGGAGAGCAAGGGAUUGAAGGCUCCGGAGGACAAGACGAUUACUAACCUUCUCCUCCUGGGUCUCCCAACCUGCACUGAGGCGGAUGUGCGCACUGCAUUGAACGAUGCUGUUCCUUCUAUCAAGCCGAACCAAAUACGCUCGAUCUCUAUUGUUGCGGCCAACAACGUCGCAUUCCUCAACUUUACGGAUCGCCAAUCGGCCGAGCGGGCAGCUGAGGGUCUGUCUGCGCAGGAUGGUGUCGAGGUGAACGGCAAGAAGGCCAAGGUCGUUUGGGGCCGCGCACGUCCAAACAAGCCCAAGGCGGCGGGCACGGCCGCACCGGCCGUGAGCGCGUAACCUGGGGGCGGGUUGAUUAGUUGACAUGUUAGAUUUACCGUUAGCAUACGCAUGUACCAAUGUAGUUGAA